AAGAAGAAAACAAAAAAUAUUCUACAGACAAAUCAAAACAGAGUCAUCCACAGGAGAUAAUGGAAGUGACCUUGAAAACAGAAGUGGAAGCUGGUGCUAGCGGUUUUAGUGUGACGGGUGGAGGAAAUGAAGGAAUAUUUAUCAAAAAAGUACUUAAGGAAUCUCCUGCUUCAAAAAUAUUUAGUCUGAGAGAAGGUGAUCAGCUUCUAAGUGCUACAAUAUUUUUUGAUAAUAUCAAAUAUGAAGAUGCACUCAAGAUUCUCCAAUAUUCUGAGCCAUACAGAGUCCAAUUCAGCCUCAAAAGAAAAAUUGCUGGGAAGGAAGAGCUAGAACACAUUCACUCUACAGCCCACUACAAAAAGGAAAGAACAAGCCAGGUAGAUAUUUGUGAGAGCAUUCCUGAAGAAACACUGCAUGUUUCAGGAAAAGCCAUUUCAGAAGAAGACAGGGAAACUUUAAUUGUAAGCCAAAGGGUAGGAAGAAGCAAGAGACCUAAAAAAGAUAGAUUAUCAUGGCCAAAAUUCCAGUCAAUUAAAAAUAAAAAGAUACUGGGGCACAGAAGGUCUCAUAGUACAUCAGAUGCAUAUGAGCCUGCUACACAGGAUAUUUCCCCUACAAGCACAGACACGGAGUCUCAAUUUCAACAAGAAGUCCAUAUCAAAGAAAAAAAAGGAAGCCAAAAGAAACUGAAGUUCCCUAGCAUCGGAUUCAAAAUGCACAGAUCCAAACCAGAACCCCAAGACAAACAAAAAAAAGAAAUAAAAACUACACUGUUAUCUGAAAGAGAAAAAAUACGUAAAGAAGAUAUCAGCCUGGAAAAUCCCGAAAUCCUAACUGUUGAAUAUACCACAUCUCCUGCUUACGAAAUUAAAACAGGGGAGGUACAUGAAACUUUAACAAAAGACUUAAAAGAUAUGAAAAAUGGCAUUCCAUCUCAUGCAAAAAAAUGCCCUGAAGUUGAAAUGAGCAUUAAAAAAGAAAAAGACAAGGAAUCAACAUCAGAAUUUACUUUACCUGAAGUGCCAGCUAUAACAACACAGAUAUCAAAGCCCGAUUUAGAAACACUUGAUCUGAAAGAAAGCCCAACUAAACAAACACCGCAAGCCUCAUCAAAAUCCCGAAAAAAGAAACAGAGAGGAACAGCAGAUAAAACAGAAGGAAAAAGUGGAAUUAACAUAGACAUGACAAGGCACACAGCACAAGGAUCUAUACAGGUAAAAGGUCUAGAAAUAGGCACUGCUAAAGCAGAAUUACACACAACAUCUGACACACUGGAAACAGGAGGAAAAAAAACAGAAGAUGACACACAAAUACUAACAUCUCAGAAAACAAAAUUUGGGAUUUCAAUGCCCAAGAGAAGAGAGCCAGAGACUGAAACCACCAAACCGGGAAGUGAUGUUCCAUAUUCAGUACCAGAAAAAACAGCUGAUACAAGUUCAGAGGACAGCAGGAAUUUGGAUGUGAAACCGCACGUGCCUGACGUAGAAUCAGAAGUAUCUACUUGGAAAAUACAAAUGCCAUCAUUCAAAAUGGCCAAAACACCUAAAGCUGACAUGAAAAUAACAAGAGAAGAAAGCACAGCUGAAUCAGUAGAUACUAUUAAAAAGGCACAGAAAGAAGAAGAAGACAUGCCCACAAGUGAUAAAACCUUGAAGAUGGACAUUGGCAUGAAGACAGGAGAAAAGGAUAUAGAGGGAAAAGAAAGCAAAUUCAGACUGCCGAAGUUUAAAUUACCUACAUUUACCUGGGCAACUACAAAAGAUGAGACAGGGCAAAAUGAAGGUCAGGUAAGUGACAGGGAAGGAAAAGUGCCAUCCCGAGAAACAGGUGCAAAACCAGAAAUGAGUAUAUCAGCAGAAGAAAUGAAGGUUCCAAGUGCUGAAAUUGAAAUUGGGAUUUCCAAAGGAAAAAUAAAACACAAGGAUAUAACACAAAACACAGAAGUCCAGCUGCCAAGUCUGAAACAACUCACUGUAAAAACUUCCUCAAUGGACAAGCAUUUGGAAGAGACAGAAGGGGAAAUACUGAUGACCAAACCUGAUCUUGAAAUAAAAAAGGGUGAAUGCAGUAUAUCACCAAAGGAAAUGGAAGAAAUCUCUCAAAAUACACAAGCUGACAUCAAAGCUCCCAAGGUGGACAUCAGCCUCCCGUCCGUCGACGUCACCCUUCCAAAGGCCAGCGUCGACCUGCAGGCGCCCGAGGCGGCCCUCACCCUCGAAGGGGAAGCAAAAGCCCCAGAGAAGGAGGCCGCAAAGACCAAGGACGGCAAGUUCAAGAUGCCCAAGUUCGGCAUGCCUUCCUUUGGCUGGUCCAGCAGCAGAGAGGCCAAGGGCACCGUGGCCGCUGACGUGGACGCCAGCCUCAAGGAGCCCCAAGUGACGGUGCCCUCGGGAACCGCCGAAGUCGACGUGACCCUGCCCGGGGCCGAGAUCCAAGCGCCCGGCGUGGAGGUGACCGUCGAGACGGCCGCCGGAGGAGACGGCGAGAAAGGUCGAUUCAAGAUGCCCGACGUCAAGAUGCCCAGCGUCAAGCUGCCCAAAGUCAAAGCUCCCCACGUGCAGGUCAGCCUGCCAAAGGCCGAGGUCUCGCUGCCCAAAGCCCAGGCCGAAGUCCAGGAGGGCGAACUCGCCCUGCAGGGCCCCGACGCCGAAGGCGGCCUGGAGGUGGCUGCCGGCAAAGUUGAGGGCGGCGGCAUGAAAAUACACAUGCCGAAAGUCAAGGUGCCCAGCGUGGUCUUCUCCAAGCCGACCGUCAAGGCUCCCAAACUGGACGCGGACGUCAGCCUGCCCAAAGUCGACGCCAGCCUCCCAGAGGCAGACCUCAGGGCCGGGGCCGGCGACGUCAGCAUCGCGGCCCCCGACAUCAAGCUGCCCUCCGUCGAAGGCUCCCUCGAGCUCCAGGCGCCCGAGAUAGACCUCAAAGUGCCCUCUGCCGAAGGCUCGCUCGACGGGGCCGAGCUGGAAGCCGCGGGCCUGAAAGGGAAGUUUAAGAUGCCCAAGUUCGACAAGCCCAAAUUUGGAGUGUCGCCCCCCAAGGCGGAGGGGCCCGAAGGCGAGGUCAGCCUGCCCUCCGCAGAGGUCGACCUCCCCUCCGCCACCGUGACGGCCGCAGGGGAGGGCCCCGCGCUGGGCCUCAAAGCCGACGUCCCCGGCGCCAAAAGUGAAGGGGCCGGCUGGAAGCUGGAGAAGCCCUCCCUCAAAAUGCCCAAAGCUGACAUCAAAGCUCCCAAGGUGGACAUCAGCCUCCCGUCCGUCGACGUCACCCUUCCAAAGGCCAGCGUCGACCUGCAGGCGCCCGAGGCGGCCCUCACCCUCGAAGGGGAAGCAAAAGCCCCAGAGAAGGAGGCCGCAAAGACCAAGGACGGCAAGUUCAAGAUGCCCAAGUUCGGCAUGCCUUCCUUUGGCUGGUCCAGCAGCAGAGAGGCCAAGGGCACCGUGGCCGCUGACGUGGACGCCAGCCUCAAGGAGCCCCAAGUGACGGUGCCCUCGGGAACCGCCGAAGUCGACGUGACCCUGCCCGGGGCCGAGAUCCAAGCGCCCGGCGUGGAGGUGACCGUCGAGACGGCCGCCGGAGGAGACGGCGAGAAAGGUCGAUUCAAGAUGCCCGACGUCAAGAUGCCCAGCGUCAAGCUGCCCAAAGUCAAAGCUCCCCACGUGCAGGUCAGCCUGCCAAAGGCCGAGGUCUCGCUGCCCAAAGCCCAGGCCGAAGUCCAGGAGGGCGAACUCGCCCUGCAGGGCCCCGACGCCGAAGGCGGCCUGGAGGUGGCUGCCGGCAAAGUUGAGGGCGGCGGCAUGAAAAUACACAUGCCGAAAGUCAAGGUGCCCAGCGUGGUCUUCUCCAAGCCGACCGUCAAGGCUCCCAAACUGGACGCGGACGUCAGCCUGCCCAAAGUCGACGCCAGCCUCCCAGAGGCAGACCUCAGGGCCGGGGCCGGCGACGUCAGCAUCGCGGCCCCCGACAUCAAGCUGCCCUCCGUCGAAGGCUCCCUCGAGCUCCAGGCGCCCGAGAUAGACCUCAAAGUGCCCUCUGCCGAAGGCUCGCUCGACGGGGCCGAGCUGGAAGCCGCGGGCCUGAAAGGGAAGUUUAAGAUGCCCAAGUUCGACAAGCCCAAAUUUGGAGUGUCGCCCCCCAAGGCGGAGGGGCCCGAAGGCGAGGUCAGCCUGCCCUCCGCAGAGGUCGACCUCCCCUCCGCCACCGUGACGGCCGCAGGGGAGGGCCCCGCGCUGGGCCUCAAAGCCGACGUCCCCGGCGCCAAAAGUGAAGGGGCCGGCUGGAAGCUGGAGAAGCCCUCCCUCAAAAUGCCCAAAGCUGACAUCAAAGCUCCCAAGGUGGACAUCAGCCUCCCGUCCGUCGACGUCACCCUUCCAAAGGCCAGCGUCGACCUGCAGGCGCCCGAGGCGGCCCUCACCCUCGAAGGGGAAGCAAAAGCCCCAGAGAAGGAGGCCGCAAAGACCAAGGACGGCAAGUUCAAGAUGCCCAAGUUCGGCAUGCCUUCCUUUGGCUGGUCCAGCAGCAGAGAGGCCAAGGGCACCGUGGCCGCUGACGUGGACGCCAGCCUCAAGGAGCCCCAAGUGACGGUGCCCUCGGGAACCGCCGAAGUCGACGUGACCCUGCCCGGGGCCGAGAUCCAAGCGCCCGGCGUGGAGGUGACCGUCGAGACGGCCGCCGGAGGAGACGGCGAGAAAGGUCGAUUCAAGAUGCCCGACGUCAAGAUGCCCAGCGUCAAGCUGCCCAAAGUCAAAGCUCCCCACGUGCAGGUCAGCCUGCCAAAGGCCGAGGUCUCGCUGCCCAAAGCCCAGGCCGAAGUCCAGGAGGGCGAACUCGCCCUGCAGGGCCCCGACGCCGAAGGCGGCCUGGAGGUGGCUGCCGGCAAAGUUGAGGGCGGCGGCAUGAAAAUACACAUGCCGAAAGUCAAGGUGCCCAGCGUGGUCUUCUCCAAGCCGACCGUCAAGGCUCCCAAACUGGACGCGGACGUCAGCCUGCCCAAAGUCGACGCCAGCCUCCCAGAGGCAGACCUCAGGGCCGGGGCCGGCGACGUCAGCAUCGCGGCCCCCGACAUCAAGCUGCCCUCCGUCGAAGGCUCCCUCGAGCUCCAGGCGCCCGAGAUAGACCUCAAAGUGCCCUCUGCCGAAGGCUCGCUCGACGGGGCCGAGCUGGAAGCCGCGGGCCUGAAAGGGAAGUUUAAGAUGCCCAAGUUCGACAAGCCCAAAUUUGGAGUGUCGCCCCCCAAGGCGGAGGGGCCCGAAGGCGAGGUCAGCCUGCCCUCCGCAGAGGUCGACCUCCCCUCCGCCACCGUGACGGCCGCAGGGGAGGGCCCCGCGCUGGGCCUCAAAGCCGACGUCCCCGGCGCCAAAAGUGAAGGGGCCGGCUGGAAGCUGGAGAAGCCCUCCCUCAAAAUGCCCAAAGCUGACAUCAAAGCUCCCAAGGUGGACAUCAGCCUCCCGUCCGUCGACGUCACCCUUCCAAAGGCCAGCGUCGACCUGCAGGCGCCCGAGGCGGCCCUCACCCUCGAAGGGGAAGCAAAAGCCCCAGAGAAGGAGGCCGCAAAGACCAAGGACGGCAAGUUCAAGAUGCCCAAGUUCGGCAUGCCUUCCUUUGGCUGGUCCAGCAGCAGAGAGGCCAAGGGCACCGUGGCCGCUGACGUGGACGCCAGCCUCAAGGAGCCCCAAGUGACGGUGCCCUCGGGAACCGCCGAAGUCGACGUGACCCUGCCCGGGGCCGAGAUCCAAGCGCCCGGCGUGGAGGUGACCGUCGAGACGGCCGCCGGAGGAGACGGCGAGAAAGGUCGAUUCAAGAUGCCCGACGUCAAGAUGCCCAGCGUCAAGCUGCCCAAAGUCAAAGCUCCCCACGUGCAGGUCAGCCUGCCAAAGGCCGAGGUCUCGCUGCCCAAAGCCCAGGCCGAAGUCCAGGAGGGCGAACUCGCCCUGCAGGGCCCCGACGCCGAAGGCGGCCUGGAGGUGGCUGCCGGCAAAGUUGAGGGCGGCGGCAUGAAAAUACACAUGCCGAAAGUCAAGGUGCCCAGCGUGGUCUUCUCCAAGCCGACCGUCAAGGCUCCCAAACUGGACGCGGACGUCAGCCUGCCCAAAGUCGACGCCAGCCUCCCAGAGGCAGACCUCAGGGCCGGGGCCGGCGACGUCAGCAUCGCGGCCCCCGACAUCAAGCUGCCCUCCGUCGAAGGCUCCCUCGAGCUCCAGGCGCCCGAGAUAGACCUCAAAGUGCCCUCUGCCGAAGGCUCGCUCGACGGGGCCGAGCUGGAAGCCGCGGGCCUGAAAGGGAAGUUUAAGAUGCCCAAGUUCGACAAGCCCAAAUUUGGAGUGUCGCCCCCCAAGGCGGAGGGGCCCGAAGGCGAGGUCAGCCUGCCCUCCGCAGAGGUCGACCUCCCCUCCGCCACCGUGACAGCCGCAGGGGAGGGCCCCGCGCUGGGCCUCAAAGCCGACGUCCCCGGCGCCAAAAGUGAAGGGGCCGGCUGGAAGCUGGAGAAGCCCUCCCUCAAAAUGCCCAAAGCUGACAUCAAAGCUCCCAAGGUGGACAUCAGCCUCCCGUCCGUCGACGUCACCCUUCCAAAGGCCAGCGUCGACCUGCAGGCGCCCGAGGCGGCCCUCACCCUCGAAGGGGAAGCAAAAGCCCCAGAGAAGGAGGCCGCAAAGACCAAGGACGGCAAGUUCAAGAUGCCCAAGUUCGGCAUGCCUUCCUUUGGCUGGUCCAGCAGAGAGGCCAAGGGCACCGUGGCCGCUGACGUGGACGCCAGCCUCAAGGAGCCCCAAGUGACGGUGCCCUCGGGAACCACCGAAGUCGACGUGACCCUGCCCGGGGCCGAGAUCCAAGCGCCCGGCGUGGAGGUGACCGUCGAGACGGCCGCCGGAGGAGACGGCGAGAAAGGUCGAUUCAAGAUGCCCGACGUCAAGAUGCCCAGCGUCAAGCUGCCCAAAGUCAAAGCUCCCCACGUGCAGGUCAGCCUGCCAAAGGCCGAGGUCUCGCUGCCCAAAGCCCAGGCCGAAGUCCAGGAGGGCGAACUCGCCCUGCAGGGCCCCGACGCCGAAGGCGGCCUGGAGGUGGCUGCCGGCAAAGUUGAGGGCGGCGGCAUGAAAAUACACAUGCCGAAAGUCAAGGUGCCCAGCGUGGUCUUCUCCAAGCCGACCGUCAAGGCUCCCAAACUGGACGCGGACGUCAGCCUGCCCAAAGUCGACGCCAGCCUCCCAGAGGCAGACCUCAGGGCCGGGGCCGGCGACGUCAGCAUCGCGGCCCCCGACAUCAAGCUGCCCUCCGUCGAAGGCUCCCUCGAGCUCCAGGCGCCCGAGAUAGACCUCAAAGUGCCCUCUGCCGAAGGCUCGCUCGACGGGGCCGAGCUGGAAGCCGCGGGCCUGAAAGGGAAGUUUAAGAUGCCCAAGUUCGACAAGCCCAAAUUUGGAGUGUCGCCCCCCAAGGCGGAGGGGCCCGAAGGCGAGGUCAGCCUGCCCUCCGCAGAGGUCGACCUCCCCUCCGCCACCGUGACGGCCGCAGGGGAGGGCCCCGCGCUGGGCCUCAAAGCCGACGUCCCCGGCGCCAAAAGUGAAGGGGCCGGCUGGAAGCUGGAGAAGCCCUCCCUCAAAAUGCCCAAAGCUGACAUCAAAGCUCCCAAGGUGGACAUCAGCCUCCCGUCCGUCGACGUCACCCUUCCAAAGGCCAGCGUCGACCUGCAGGCGCCCGAGGCGGCCCUCACCCUCGAAGGGGAAGCAAAAGCCCCAGAGAAGGAGGCCGCAAAGACCAAGGACGGCAAGUUCAAGAUGCCCAAGUUCGGCAUGCCUUCCUUUGGCUGGUCCAGCAGCAGAGAGGCCAAGGGCACCGUGGCCGCUGACGUGGACGCCAGCCUCAAGGAGCCCCAAGUGACGGUGCCCUCGGGAACCGCCGAAGUCGACGUGACCCUGCCCAGGGCCGAGAUCCAAGUGCCUGCUUUUGAAGUUGUCAUAGAUUCCUCCUCUGGAAAAGAAGAUGAGAUGGGUAAAGCUAAAAGUUCUCUGUUUAAAAUGCCUAAGGUUUCGCUUUCUAAAAGUUCUAAACCUCAGGCACAGACUCAGUCUGGAGUGGAAGUUUCUGUGUCAGAAGCUCUUUGUUAUUCUGUAACAGCAGAAACUCCUGCUGUUCUGUCAGGCAGUGUCGGAUCUAAAGUUCUUCCUGACAAUAAGGGAGAUAGUGGCUCUAAAAAUACUAAAUUCAGAAUUCCUAGCUUGGGUUUCUCCAAAGUUGAUAUUGGUUCUUCUAAAAUUGAACAGGAUUCCCCAUUACCAAAAGAGGAUAUUACUCUUACUAAAUAUCAAAUGAAUCUAGCAGAAUCUGAAUCAAAACUAUCAUCUCUUGCUGAUGAGAAUCUUUCACUAACAGAUUUUGAAAUUGUAAAUGAAGAUGGUUCUUUGGAGCAAAGAAGUCUUAAGCCAGGAGCGAAAACACCAGCUGGUGAAAUAUCUGUGGGUGACACAGAGUUUACGGUUAAAAUUCCUAAAUUUCAAAAACCAAAAUUUGGAAUAUCUUGGUCUAAGGGAAAACCAUCAGAAAGUGAUGUUGGUUCCAAAGUGGAAUCUGAAAUUUCCAAGGGAAGGAUAACAGCUUAUAUGACUGGUACUGAUAUUGAAACACCAACUCAGAUCUCUGAUGCUGAAUUAGGUAUAAAGAUGCACAAGUCUUCACCUGAAGUUGUUCUGGAUGCACCAACGUUGGAUGUCAGUCUCCCAUCAAUGGAAGUUACCAUGCCAAAAUCAGAAGUAGAAAUCCAUGGCCCAGAUUUAGAGUGCAAGGCAGAACAGGAAGUAGUUUCAGGAGAGAAGGACACUGAGGAGAAAGAAAACAAAUUUAAAACAUCAAAAUUCAAACUGCCUUCAUUUAGUUGGUCGCCAAAGAAAGAAGCUCUUGCUCCUUCUGAAGUUGAGGGACAUCUGGAAGGAUCCACUUCGUGUACUUUAUCUGGAGACACAGAAUCUGAAUUAACAUUUCCUACCCCUGAGAAUCAAUACCUUCAUGUGGAAUUUGAUACAUCAACAGAAAAAGAUGGUGAAAAGGGUAAAAACAAGAAGUCCCAAUUUACCAUGCCAAAGAUCUCAUUCCCUAAAAUUAAGGGUCAAAAAGUCCAGGUCUCUCUGCCCAUACCGGAAACUGACGUUUGUGGUCCCAAACAAGAAAAAGAAGGUGUUUCAGUACAGACAUCUGAGAAAGGGAGUAGCGGAGAAGGGGCAGGAAUGGGCAUAAAAAUGCCAAAAGUUACAGUCUCGACUUUGGAAUCUUCCAAAUCUGAAGUCAAAGCUCCCAAAAUAGAGAUGGAUAUUAGCAUGCCUACAGGUGAGGUCAUACUUCCUACAUGUGAAGAAGAUGACCUGACAUUGAAAUUAGCUGCUGCUGAUGCCAGCCUCUCUACCUCAGAUAUUAAGAUGAUAACUGAAGGCUCCCUUGAGGUGAAGAGUCCUGACACAAGUGUUGAAAGAACAUCAAGUGAAAUUGCUGUGGGUGAUGUAGAAAUAAAAAUUGAAGGUCCUGAAGGGAAAACAAAGAUGUCUAAAUUCCAAAUGCCAAAGUUUGGAAUUACACAUUCUAAAGGGAAAGGGUCAGAAAAGGAGGUCAGUCAAUCCAAAUCAGAAGUCAAGGUUCCCCAACUAAAAGCAAUGGUAGCAAUAGCUGACAUUGCUGUUGAAGUACCAAAUUUGGAGGUGGAAUGUGGUACAGGAACAGAAACUUACAGCCCUGAAGUCAAAAUGAGCAAAGUUGACAAUAAGGCAUCAGAGGCUGAUGUUCACAUCCCAUCAGCUGACAUUUCUAUUCCAAAAACAGACAGUGAUAUUCAGGAUUCAGAUGCAACACUAAAAAUCAAAGGGGAAAUAAAGCAAGAUGGAGAUGGAGAAGAGAAAGAAGGACAUUUCAAAAUGCCAAAAUUCAAACUUCCAUCCUUCAGUUGGUCACCAAAGAAGGAAGCAAGUGUUAAACCGGAUUCUGGAGAAAAUUUGGAAGAUCAUAAACUUGCUAUAAUGUCAAGCAGACUAGACACAGAAGUGAGAGGAACUGCAACUGAUGAUCAAGGUACUGGACCAGCCCUUGAUCUGGAAAAAUCUGCAGGAAAAGUUGAACAGAAAAGUCCAAGUAAAAAGCCUCAAUUUGUCAUGCCUAAAAUUUCACUCUCCAAGAUCAAGGUUCCCAAAUCUCAGACUCAUUCACCAAAAGUUGAAGCUGAUGCUGCUGUUCCUAAAACAGAAAGAGAGGGUGAUGAUUCAAUACAGGUACCUGAUAUAGAAAGAAGUCAUUCUGAAAGGACAGAAGGGGCACAAAUAAGCAUAAAACUGGCUGAUGUUAAGAUCCCCACUCUGGAAUUUUCCAAAGUAGAAACUGGAGCCUCCCAAACUGAAAUGGGAGGCAGCUCAGCAAAGACUGAUGCUGCUCUGCCUCCCUUAGAGGGGAGUUUUCAACAGGUUGUGCUAAAAUCAAGUUCUACUGAUGAAAAUACCAUUCAAAAAACAGGUAUUAAGUUCCCCAAAGGAGAAGCUUCAAUUGAAUUGAGGAGCCCUGAAAUAGUAACAGAAAGAUCAUCAGUUGUGGAUGGAAGAAAGAUGAAAUUGGAAGGUCCUGAAGGGAAGAUUAAAAUGCCCAAAUUCCAGAAGCCAAAGUUUGGAAUCUCCCUAACAAAAGGGAAAGGCCCAGAGACAGAGAUCAGCUCUCCAAAAAUAGAAGCUGAGCUACCCCAGCUGAAAAUGACAAACGAAAUUGCUGACAUUGCUGUGGGAGUUCCAGCAUCAGAACUUACAUCUGAUAUGUCAGAUCCCGGACUAGGUGUUUGUAAGACAAAAACACCCCAAGUUCUGACAGCUGGCAUUGAAGCUCCAAAGGUAGACAUAAGCCCCCAGUCAGUAUCUAAACCAAUGACAGAGGGAGCUAUUGAGAGCCUUGAGGAGAAAGAAAUCAAAUUAAAAGAAGAACAUGAAAUAAAAGCUGAAGAAGUUCAGACUGAAGAACAUCAGGGAUGGUUUAAAAUGCCAAAAUUCAGAAUACCUGCAUUUGGCAGGACAUCCUUAAAGGAAAAAAAAGGUGAUACUGAUAUUGAAAGAAGUAUGGAAAGAGUUCAGGCAGGCAUUCCCUCUGCCAAAGUACAAAUUGAAACAAGUAUUCCUGAAAAUACCUUCUCAUUACCACACGCAGUCACUGAAAUUACUAUUGGAAAAGAAGGGAUUCCAAAAUUAGGAGAUUCUGUGAAGAGUUCUGAUGUUAGCUUGUCAAAGAUGGAAGGAGGUAUUUCAUUAUCCACAGAAAGAACAGAGAGUAAAGUGAGUAUUCCAAAACCUGAAACUUAUGCAGACAUAGUUAAGCGAGGUGCUGAAGGACAAAAAAUGCAUACAUCAGAAUUCCCAGAGUCUUCAGCAGAAUUGUCUAAAUCAUACCUAAGUGCUUCAGAAAUUGACAAAGACAACAGUUUAACAAAUAGGUUUCCUACGUGUACUCUGACUCUUCAUGAGCAUAAAGUCAAAUCACAGGAUAUAGAAGUCCCAAAGGUAGAAAGUUCCACUAAGUUAGAGACUUCAGGAGUAGGAUGUAAACCAUCAUCAGCUGAAAUUACUCUGGAUGCAACACAGGAGAAAAUAGAUGUUAGUCUUCCAAAGGAAGAGCUAGAUAUUCAAAAUCAAGAGGCAGUAAUUAAAAAAGGAAAGAUAAAGGGUGAGAUGAAAAUUAUAGGAAAAGAUGUUGAGGGAAGCCAAUUAAAAAGGUCUACAUGUGAAUGGUCUACAACAAAGGGAUCAGAAGAAGGUGCUUAUGUUACAGCUAAGCUGGAAGAUCUAAAGGUAGAAAUUCCAGGAGUGAAGAUGGACGUUAAAAUCACUAGAGUAGAUCCUGAAAUGAAAUUUCAAGUGAAAAGUGUUGAAAAGGACAUGUCUGCAGGGGUGGAAGUGCAAGUAGAAGAUAGAGCAGAAACAAGUAAAAUUAAAACAUACAAGUUUAAGAUUCCAAAAUUUGAAGUGUUGCAUUCAGAAGUGAAGGGUUUUGAAGAUGAUAUCAAUUUGCCAAAGUCAGAAGCUGAUGCAGUAUCUAAAACUGAAAUAGGCACAGCAGAAAUGCAGUUUCAAAAAUCAGAAGGAUCUAUUGGCCUGAAAAGUCCGGCUCUAGAUCAUAUGGCAGCAUCUGCCAGAACAACAGUGGAAACAGUGGACAAAUCACAAGGUGGCCCAGAAGUAAAUGUAAAAAUUCCCAAACUAAAAAUACCAAGAUUCACUUUCAAAGCUCUCCCAACUGAAGCUGAUGUUUCAGUGUCAAAAGUGGUAACAGAUCCAAAGGGAUCUAGUACUGACACUGAAGUAGUGCAACUGCAAGCAAGCUCUGCUAUCCCUGAAGAAACACCAGAGGCUCUAGAGGGUGGUAUUCAAAAAGCAAAAAGCAAAAUUCUAACACUGACUGAACCUGACAUUAAAACAGCACAGGUGACUACUACGGUAGAGUCCUCCCUUUCAAAUGCAGGGCAAGACAUUCAUUGGUCGUAUGUAGAGGGCCAAGAAGUGAGUGAGAAAGUAGAACCUGAGCACGUUGCUAUUGAAAGGUGUGAGAUUUACACUACUGAAAUACUGAAAGAAUCAGAGAUUCUCUCAUCAGAAGUCAAAACUGCUGCUUUGGGAUUCUCAUUACUCAAGGUGAAGUUGCCUGAAUCACAUAGCAACUUAGAAGUGCUAGUCCAGCAGCCAUCUUCGACGGAAGGUGUAUCAGUGAGCAAACCUAAACGUGCUGAUGAAAGCUUCAGAGUAGCAGCACAGAGGACUGGCAGUGCUGAGCUUAAACCAUGUGACAAACCACACAGUGAGACUGAAGAAUCUAGUGGAGAAGUAAGUUUGCCAAAGUUAAAAACAUUUGCUGUUGAAGUAAAGCCUUGCAGUAAACUUGAAGAGAGUCUUCCUGAUAAGUCACCAGAGGGAAUAACUGCAGGUCCUGUCUCUAAAGAUGAGGAUGUAGCUGAAGCACUAGAAGAUGAAGAAAAAGACAUAACCAAUGAAAAAGAAAAGACUGAUAGUAAAAGAUCUCCUGGAAGAUUCAAAUUUUGGCUUCCAAGUAUUGGCUUUUCACCUUCUGGUGACGAAACAAGCACAGAUUCCAAAACAGAAGUAAAAAAAUCAGUUCCAGAAGAUGUGAAACCUGCUGACACAUCAGAUAAUGAUUCUUCUAAGCAAACUGAAAAAACUGGAUGGUUUAGAUUUCCCAGGCUUGGUUUCACAUCUCCUUCCAAAAAGGCUAAGACUGUUGACAAAGAAGAGAUGGGUCAUAAAGAGGGAAGAAUCUCAGAUGAAGAUAGCCCAUCAGAUAAACCUGAUGUAUUUUUUGAUGCACAAGAAAGCUUAUCACCUAAAGAAACAACAGAGGGUGAAAAAGUUGAAACUGAUGGGGCCUCAUCUAAUGUUCCAGUUUCUCGAACUAUUGUGACAUCUUCAGCAAGAACUGAACUAAUCUUGUUGGAGGAAGAAAAAGAUAGACAAUCUAAUAUUCCUGGAGAUACAACCAAAUGAAGAUUGUCUUUUCUCAACUCUUAAUGAAAAUAAAAUAAUCUACAUGUAGAGAAAAGAAUGUUUUCUUAAUUUUCUAGUAACUGAAAAUUAAACAAAACCCAAAGCUGAUAUUCCUGAAGACAGUUGAACAGAAUUUACCGCAUUAAAUUUUAAAGUACGUGGAUGUGCUAUACUGUGCACUAAUAAAAAUACUGAUUUCUUCAAAUCUGCCCCAAAGGCAACAAUUACUACAGGUACAGAGGAGCCCAUAGUUUUAGCAAAGUCGGAAAAGAUACCUGAACCAUGAAAGUAAACCAUUGAAAGGCUCAAUGAUAGCAAAAAUACUUGUUAAAUAGGCUUCUCAAAACCACACCGAUUGUGUUUAGAUUACAGAUUAUUUCCAGAAUGGAGUAUAAACUAGCACUAUGAGAACUAUAGUUACCUGUCUAGAUUUUGGACCUUUCUGACCUACUUUUGUUUUCUUACUAAAAUAUUUUUCUUUAUUUCAGCUAAGGUGAUACGUAUAUUCCACAAACAUUUUAAAAUGCAAAUAAAAAAAAAUACUAGUGUAGAGAGACUAACGCUUUUCCUCUUCCUCUCUUCUCAUUUUUUGAUUAUUGUGGUGGGUCAUAUUUAGCCUUAAAAGAAUUUUUAAAAACCCAACAGAAUAAAUUCAAGACCAAACACCAUAUAACUAAUUCACAUUUUUAAGAUACCAAAAUAAAACAUGCUGACAAAGAAUAAUUGUUAAAAUGUGGAUAAAUAAAUUUUAAUGUAUAUAUUUACUGGAUAGUUAAAUGCACAGAAUGAUCUGCCACACUGGUGGAAUUGCUUCAAAGAUUUUCUGGGAAAGGAGAUGUAUAUAAUUAUUUGCUUCUUUGUUCAUAUUAAUGCUUCUCGCAAGAGCAUAACAAAAACCAGAGUGCAUAUGUGACAGCCUUCAUGUGUAUCAUCAAAACACUGUCUGUAUUCUUAAUUCACAAUAAACUCACCAUAUGAA